GGAAACACCCACUGAAGGCGUUUCUUCCCGGGCUCUGUUUGUGGAGACAAUACGGUCAAUGGGCUUCACUUUUCCCACGUUUUGUGCUGCAGGAGCGGAGGGCUCGCGUGGACUAACACCGCGGAGAUCUUAACGGCUGAGCCCGCAUUUAGUGGUGAUUUUAGACCACUUUAGGGUGCCAGAGUUCCUUAAAAUCAGCCACACUGGCCUGUCUGUUAACAUUAGAUGAGUUUUCAGCAAAAAGUAGUUUUUUAGUGGAGUUUUUUUCUCUCCUGGAGCAGCUAACGUCUCUCUAAACAAACCUAACAACGUCCUCGGAUUUAACGGCCAACUCCUACAGAUUGUCUGAAGCCUCAGUGAUUCGAUGUUUUAGGACACGAUGUCUCCCUCUCGCUGUGUCCUGCUGCUGCUGUCCAGCAUCCUGCUGCUCCUGCUGGUCCACGUUCCUGAGACUCAAUCCAGACCGGCCACAGAAGACACAGACACAGCAGACGCUGUAAAGUCCUCUGAAGAUGAAGAAGACGACGAGUCAUCCUCAGAGGAAAACAAACUGUCCAAUGAGCUGUCAGCGAGCAACGAAAAGAUCCAACCGAUGGCGCCGCAGUGGGUGAUGCCAGAGAAGAUGGAGAAGAGGCUCCACGCCGUUCCCGCCAGCAGGACGGUGAAGUUUCGAUGCCAAGCGACCGGAAGCCCCGUUCCUACCCUGAGAUGGUAUAAGAACGGGAAAGAGUUCAGGAAGGACCAAAGAAUUGGAGGGUUCAAGAUCAGGGACCACAUGUGGACGCUCAUCAUGGAGUCAGUGGUCCCAUCAGACAAGGGGAACUACACCUGUGUAGUGGAGAACGAACAUGGAAGUCUCAAACACACCUACCUGCUGGAUGUCGUUGAGCGCUCUCCUCACAGACCGAUCCUGCAGGCCGGUCUGCCCGCUAACCAGACGGCAGUGGUCGGCAGUGACGUCGUGUUUGUGUGUCGAGUGUUCAGCGACCCACAGCCUCACAUCCAGUGGCUCAAACACAUCACCAUCAAUGGCAGCAGAGAAGGACCAGACGGGCACCCGUACGUCCUCGUCCUCAAGACGGUGGGUUUGAACACGACAGACAAAGAGAUGGAGGUUCUGACUCUGAGGAAUGUCUCUCUCAGUGAUUCGGGAGAGUACACGUGUCUGGCAGGAAACUCCAUCGGCGUGUCUCACCACUCAGCGUGGCUCACUGUCGUAGAAGAGAUGCCCCCCGCCCCGAUGCCUUCACAGACCUACCUGGAGAUCUUCAUCUACUGCCUCGGCUUCUUCAUCAUCGUCAUCCUCACCGCCAUCGGCGUCAUCUGCAGGCUCUGCUGUGCCCCGAAGAAGAGCGACUUCAACAACAGCCAGCUAGCCGUGCAGAAGCUCGCCAAGAGCAUCCCUCUGAGGAGACAGGUGUCGGUGGAGUCCUCGUCUUCUCUCCAGUCUGGGAUGUGUCUCGUGCGUCAGUCUCGUCUCUCCAGCGCCACCACCACAGUCCUGACCGGAGUGUCUGAGUACGAGCUUCCUCACGAUCCUGUGUGGGAGCUGCCACGAGACAGGUUGACUCUGGGAAAGCCUCUGGGUGAAGGAUGUUUUGGUCAGGUCGUCCUGGCUGAAGCGGUUGGAAUCGAUAAAAAUAAACCGACACGAACGACGAAGGUCGCUGUGAAGAUGCUCAAAGCUGAUGCCACAGAGAAGGAUCUGUCUGACCUGAUCUCUGAGAUGGAAAUGAUGAAGAUGAUCGGCAAACACAAAAACAUCAUCAACCUGCUGGGAGCGUGCACACAGGAUGGUCCUCUGUACGUGGUCGUGGAGUACGCCUCUCAGGGGAACCUCCGGGAGUACCUGCGGGCUCGACGGCCUGCCGGGUUGGAGUACUGGAGUGGCUCGAGGCAGGCGGCUCUGGACAGCGUGGACGUCAGAGAGCUGGUGUCCGCUGCCUACCAGGUGGCCAGAGGGAUGGCCUACCUCGCCUCAAAGAAGUGUAUCCACAGAGACCUAGCCGCCCGUAACGUGUUGGUGACUGAAGACAACGUGAUGAAGAUCGCCGACUUCGGCCUGGCUCGAGACAUCCACCACAUCGACUACUACAAGAAGACAACUAAUGGUCGUCUGCCAGUGAAGUGGAUGGCUCCUGAAGCUCUGUUCGACCGAGUCUACACACACCAAAGUGACGUGUGGUCUUUUGGAGUCCUGUUGUGGGAAAUCUUCACCCUCGGGGGGUCUCCUUACCCCGGCGUCCCUGUAGAGGAGCUCUUCAAGCUGCUAAAGGAGGGGCAUCGCAUGGAGAAACCCUCAUCAUGCACACAGGAGCUGUAUCUGAUGAUGAGGGACUGUUGGCAUGCCGUCCCAUCUCGCAGGCCGACCUUCCAGCAGCUGGUGGAAGAUUUAGACCGAACGCUUUCUCUCAUGGCUAACCAGGAGUACCUGGAUCUGUCCGUUCCUCUGGUCCAGUACUGUCAGAUCGAAUCCUCUUCCUCUGGUCAUUCCUCGAACUCCACAUAAACAUCCCAGGACUCUUGUUUUUUUUUCUUCCUUCUUCCCGGAUCAUCUUGGAUCCUGUAUCUGGGCUGCGGUCCCAGACGAGGCCCUGUGAGCUGCUUCUCUGUCGUCCAUCAGCAGCAGACUGAUGUGAAGAACAGCUGGACUGAGCUGGAUCCUCAGCCAGGCCUCAGGAAGCUGCUCUCUCACCGCCACAAACAAACACAUGUACGCUCGUAACGGGCGCAUGGACGGAGUUCACCCUCUGAUAAAGACUGAGACAGCAGCGUGAGCUUCUAUUCAUCGUGGCUUUGACUGUGUUAAUAAUGUCAGUGUGAAUACUGUAAAUAAUAUUUGUGUUUUAUAGAAGAAAAAGACUGGAUUUAUAUGAGAAUUAUGAAAUAAAAGAGGAAAAAGGAUGAAAAGAUACUUCAGAAAUAACUGAAUGGUCAAAAUGCACAAAAACUUCAGUAAUUAAAUCUAUAAAUGUGUCUUUUUAGAUCACAAUCUACUCUAACAGUGUGUUUAAACAGCAAACAACAUGAGCAAGCUUCAGGGACCAAAUCUAACAGACUAUACCGGUUCCUAUUGGAGCAUCCUAGCAGCCUGUUUCUACCGUCUCCCAAUUCUGUUUUCACUUCUGUUGCUUCUAAAAUUGAAAAAAGAGGAGUGACAGAGAUUUACAAGGUGCUGCUGGUGCCCUACAGGGGGAUUUUCUUGAUUUUCUUUCACUUCUCAUCUGGCAGAGCUUCUGAGCUUCUGUUUUUGAUGAGGAGAGAGCAGUGCAUUUAAAUUUCCCUCACAGAGGCAAAACUAUUCAGCUCAUUACUUUCAUUGCUCCACUUUCAAAAUAAAAGCCCUAGAUAUUGCAUGUUCCACUGAAAUUCAAAGGGCAGAGCAGUGAAUAUUUAGCAGAUGUUAUCUGAGGCUCUUGUGCUGUUAGGACACGAGGAAGGCAUCAGGAAAUCUCUUUGUCCUCAUUUAUGGUUUACUUCUGAAGUUCUUUUGUGUUUGACUUCAUUAACUUAUUUUGCACCAGUAUUUAUGUCUCUCUGUGCCUUUGGUUGCAGACGUCAUCGUCCAGUAUUACAGUUGAAUUUUGCACUUAUCCUGCAGCUGGUUUCAGACCAUCAUUUACACCAAAAUGCUUGUAGUUGAAUGUGUACAAUAACUGACUUUAACAGUAUUAAAUCCUUUUCAAUGUUAA